AUGAAGGGGUUCCGGCUGCUGUGUCAGUCCAUCAUCGCUCAUAAACUCUUUGAUUACGUGGUCCUGGUCUUCAUCUUCCUGAACUGCAUCACGGUGGCUCUGGAGCGGCCCCGGAUCCUGCAGGGAAGUCUGGAGCGGCUUCUUCUGACCAUCUCCAACUACGUCUUUACCGCCAUCUUUGUCGCAGAGAUGACCGUCAAGGUGGUGUCCUUGGGUCUGUACUGGGGGGAGAAGGCGUACCUCCGCAGCAGCUGGAACAUUCUGGAUGGUUUCCUGGUGUUCGUUUCGCUCACUGACAUCGUGGUGUCGAUGGCCGGAGGAGCCAAGAUCCUCGGGGUCCUGCGAGUGCUUCGUCUGCUGCGCACGCUCCGCCCCCUCAGGGUGAUCAGCCGAGCUCCGGGGCUGAAGCUGGUGGUGGAGACCCUCAUCACGUCUCUCAAACCCAUCGGGAACAUCGUCCUGAUCUGCUGCGCCUUCUUCAUCAUCUUCGGCAUCCUCGGAGUCCAGCUUUUCAAAGGCAAGUUCUACUACUGCGUGGGCUUCGACGUCAAGAACAUCACGAAUAAAUCGGACUGUCUGAGCGCUAACUACAGAUGGGUGCACCACAAGUACAACUUUGACAAUCUGGGACAGGCGCUGAUGUCUCUGUUUGUUCUGGCGUCUAAAGACGGUUGGGUGAACAUCAUGUACCACGGCCUGGACGCUGUGGCCAUCGACCAACAGCCGGUCACCAACAACAACCCGUGGAUGCUGCUGUACUUCAUCUCCUUCCUCCUCAUCGUCAGUUUCUUCGUGCUGAACAUGUUUGUGGGUGUGGUGGUGGAGAACUUCCACAAGUGUCGACAGCAUCAGGAGGUGGAGGAGGCCAAGAGGAGGGAGGAGAAGAGACAGAAGAGGCUGGAGAAGAAGAGGAGGAAAGCCCAGAAGACCCCAUACUACGCCGCCUAUGGCCCCGCCCGGCUCACCAUCCACUCCCUGUGCACCUCCCACUACCUGGACCUGGUCAUCACCUUCAUUAUCUGCAUCAACGUCAUCACCAUGUCCCUGGAGCACUACAGCCAGCCCAGGGAGGGUGGGGAUGAAUUGGGGGGGGAAGAGGGAGGGGAGAAUGCGAGAGAGAGGGGGGGGGGGGGGGUGAGGGGGGAGGGGGGGGGGGUGGGGGGGGGGGGGGGGGGGUGGGGGGGGAGGGGGGGGGGGUGGGGGGGGUGGGGGGGGGUGGGGGGGGGGGGGUGUGGGGGGGGUGGGGGUGGGGGGGGUGUGGGGGGUAGGGGUGGGGUGGUGGGUGGUAUGUGGGGUUGUGGGUGGGAGGGGGUUGUUGGAUUGGGUGGGGUUGGUGGGGGGGGUUGGUAUUGGGGGUGUAUGGUGUGGGUAUGUGGGGGGGGAUGGGUGUGUAGGGUGGGGGGGUUGAGGUUAGUGUGGGGUAGGGGGUGGGAUGGGAGUUUGGGUGGGUUUGAUGGUUUUAGUGGGAGGGGUGGGUGGUGUUGUGGAGUGUGUGGGGGUUGGAGUUGA